GGAAUCGCGGCCUGCGUCUUUCCUCCCGUUUCUGCUGCCGCUUGCGUCCCACAGCGCCCGUGGCCGUUCUCGCCUCCGUGGACAGCGCGACGAAGGCUCGAGCAAGAGCCCGUCGCCUUGCCGCUUGCCUGGUCGUUUUGCUCGCCCCCUUCGCUGCUCGCGUCUCCUCGUGCCGCCCCGUCGGCUGUGCGGUGCAUAGCCAUCGCCCCCGUCCGUCGGCUCGCUCGCUCGCACCCAGCGACGUCUCGCCGCCGGCGACAACAUUCGCCCUCGAUGCGCUGCGGUUGUAGGUGUCGAGCCUCCCCGCCGCGCCUAUGUCAUUCCGCCUCGAACCCGUUCCAAGCUUUCGAGGCUUGCUCCUUGUUCGAACACGUUCCCGCAAACGGACAAGCCCCGCACAUGCGUUGCUCAGCCCGCGAUGUACGUGGACCUGCAGCGUCGGUCUGAAUCGCAUCGCAGCUCGCUCCAGCUCUGGACCUCGCGCGUGGACGAGCCGGGGAAGUUGCAGAGGUUACUCCGCAGCAGCUGGGCCUCCAACCGCAGCGCCCGACGAGGACGUCAAGCUCGCCUGUCGGUCGAAUGGGGAAAUCAGCCUGAACAUCUUCAAGCCCCCGGUGGGGGAGCAUCCGACUCCGCCUGUCAUUCUGUACCUGCCAACCGUCGCUCCUGCAGACCAAGUUUUUGGCGCACGCGAUGACGAGAUCGUCGCAGCGCUAUCGGCUGCGUCUAAUGCAACCAUCGUGCGCGUGAAUUACCGUCUCGGUGGCGACCUCCAGUAUCCAAUUCCGGUCCACGACGUUCUGGCCGGGUACGACUACGUCAAGAACCGGUUUGCGAUCGACACGUGCGUGGCCAGAGCUGCCCGGCCGAAAAAGACGCACCUGCGUAUGGGCGUGUGCGGCCAGCUGGUUGGAGGGAGUCUAGCAGCUAUGCUUGCGCUCACCGAGUCGCGCCUGGGUGAAGACGGGAUCGCUGCAGCGGCCGUCAACAGCCCCGUUGUAGACUGGGUGUUUCCAGAGCACGUGAGCAGCGAGCACAACACCACCACGGCCGAAACCCAAGCGUCCGGCCACACGAUCCAGAAGGCCUCGCCGAGAAGGCGGAAAAGAAAGGCCGGCCGUCCCAGCUGGGACAUGUUUGGGCACGCGGCCGGCCUCACGACGAAGCAGCUGGAGCUGGCGCGCAGCGCGUACUUCAGAAAGCCGGAGAACUACUUCGAUCCUUUCGCGACGCCCAUCCACUAUCUGCGCUCGGCUGGCGUGAACGUGCCGGCCGACAGGACCGUCGAGCCCGACGAGCUCGCCGCGCUCGACGGCGCCCCCAAGCCGCGCAAGUCGCUGCGCAAAUUCCCCCCCUCCAACUCGUCCUUGGUUCUGCCUCACGUACGUCUCAGCGUCGGCGAUGCAAAUCCGCUGCUGGACCAGAACGAGGAGUUCGUCAAGCUGCUGCGCCGGAGCGUGGUCCGCACGGCGCAGAGCCGCGCGACCACCCAGGCGAUGCUUGACCGCUUCGACGACAUCGCCGCCGCCACCGAGGCCGAGAGGCUCCAGAUGGCGGUGGAAACUGCAGAGGAGAAGGUUGAGUACCACAUCCUUCGCGGCGUCGGCCUAUGGGCCACGGCGAGGGACGGCGAGUGGCUGGAGGAGGUCUGGAAUGUUGGUCGAUGGUUCAGAAAGAUACUCGGCUGAAACACUUGCGCCCGUCUCCAUCUUCCACGUACGAGUUUUAGUCUGCUGUUGUCGCCUGUCCUCGCAGGACGGCAACACAGUGUUCAAGGGCCGUCUACAUCUAUGAUCGCCGUUGCCUUACGGAAUUCUAAUUCACGGCGUCCUUGGGCCGCUGCUUCGGAGCAGAAGCAGAGCGAGGAUGUGAAACAUGCAAAUCUGGACUAUCCAUCAGCUAUGCUUGCGGCGACGUUCUUACAACAAAUCACGACCUCGAUAUGUCGCCCCAGAAAAAAACACUGCUUUCUUCAGCUCGUCACUCGGUGCAUAGACAUCCGUUCGCAACAAGCCUUUCCGUCCGCUGCGGGAAGUCUUCGUGGACAGUGUGUGGCCAAUCGGGUUACAGGGAAUACGAAAAUAGGGCCAAAUGAUGGUUUCCAUCAAACAUGCACCAGGGGUCCAGAAGACGAAUAUCACGUGAUACUCUCACUCUGCUGAAACCACUAAGUUACCCACUUCCUUCUAAGUAAGACGAACUUCACCCUCCGUCUUAAACGUCCUCAUUUCCACACGGUUUCGCAAGAUCCAGCCAAGCUGAUUUGCUGUCUCGAUUCUUAGUGAAUUAACAGUGUGACCCCUAUGAAGUUUAAAAUAAAAUUCCUAUCUCCCCUGUCUCAACAGCGCAUAGGCGUACUUCGAGCCUCCUCAUUGGACAGUCCACAAUGUGUAAGCAGUAAGACCGAAUAGUGACUUU